UGUGAACUGCUUUUACCUUUAAAGAGGGGUUGCACGCUGCAAGCUCCAGUCUCUGUUCCUCUCCUUCCUUCAGCUUGGUCUUCACGCCUGACCUCGUUGUCGUCGUCACUUUUUUCUUCCUCUUUCUUUGUUUUCUUUUCCUGCAUACUAACCUCUCCACUCCAUACAGUGAACCACCAUGGCGGAAAAGGAAAACAAGGACCUCGAGAACGGUGACCCGAAGCGCGAGAGAAUCUCCUUCGCCGACGGAUGGGAUCCCGACAAAGAUGAGGGCGAGUACGCCAACCUCAUCCGAUACAUUUCCACCUACCGAGAUCGUCGUUUCUCCAAAGCCCCCUCUCAAGUCUCUGGCGACGACGUCGGCGAUGCCACAAAACAGAAGAAGGUCCCCUUCUACAAGAGAAUCUUUGGCAUUACUGGUGGACCAGGCGAGCUUUACGAGGUCCCUGAGGAAUGGCUCAACACCGACAUCAAGUCAGGUCUGACCUCUGCUGAGGUCGAGAACCGAAGAAGAAAAACUGGCUUCAACGAGUUGACAACGGAGAAGGAGAACAUGUUUCUCAAGUUCAUCGGCUACUUCAGAGGCCCCAUUCUCUACGUCAUGGAGCUUGCUGUCCUUCUCGCUGCUGGUCUGCGUGACUGGAUUGAUUUCGGUGUCAUCAUUGGUAUCUUGAUGUUGAACGCCAUCGUCGGUUGGUAUCAAGAGAAGCAAGCUGCCGACGUUGUCGCCAGCUUGAAAGGUGACAUCGCCAUGAAGGCUGAGGUCAUCCGUGACGGCCAAAUGCAAGAAAUCAAAGCUCGCGAACUUGUUCCUGGUGACAUUCUCAUCCUUGAGGAAGGUUCCGUCGUUGCCGGUGAAUGCCGACUUAUCUGCGACUAUGACAACCCGGCUGGCUUCGAGGAAUACAAGGAAAUGGUCAGCGAUCCCGAACAAUACCACUCGAAAAAUCACACCGAUUCGGAUGAUGACGAGGAGCACCAUAUUGGUCACUCCAUUGUCGCUACCGACCAGUCUGCCAUCACUGGCGAGUCUCUGGCCGUCGACAAGUACAUGGGUGAUAUCUGCUACUACACCACCGGUUGCAAGCGAGGCAAGGCCUACGCUGUCGUCACUGAAUCUGCUCGUGGCUCUUUCGUCGGCAAGACCGCCUCUCUCGUCCAGGGUGCUACCGACCAAGGUCACUUCAAGGCCGUCAUGGACUCGAUCGGUACUGCUCUGCUCGUCUUGGUCGUCUUCUUCAUCCUGGCUGCAUGGAUUGGUGGUUUCUUCCACAACAUUCCCAUUGCGACACCCGAGCGCAGCUCUGUCAACUUGCUCCACUACGCUCUUAUCCUUCUUAUCAUCGGUGUCCCAGUCGGUUUGCCCGUCGUCACAACCACCACCCUGGCCGUCGGAGCUGCUUAUCUCGCCAAACAGAAGGCUAUUGUGCAGAAACUCACUGCCAUCGAGUCGCUGGCUGGUGUCGAUGUGCUCUGCUCCGAUAAGACUGGUACUUUGACUGCCAACCAACUGACCAUCCGUGAACCCUACGUCGCCGAGGGUGAAGAUGUCAACUGGCUGAUGGCCUCUGCCGCGCUUGCCUCCUCUCACAACCUGAAGGCUCUUGAUCCCAUCGACAAGAUCACCAUCUUGACCCUCAAGAGAUACCCCAAGGCGCGUGAGAUUCUGCAACAAGGCUGGAAGACUGAGAAAUUCACACCUUUCGACCCUGUCUCCAAGCGUAUUACCACCAUCUGCACACUCAAGGGUGAGAAAUGGUCUUUCUGCAAGGGUGCGCCCAAAGCUGUUCUGUCCAUUGCCGAAUGCGACGAGGCUACUGCUAAGCACUACCGUGACACUGCGGCCGACUUUGCCCGUCGUGGUUUCCGAUCUCUUGGUGUUGCCUCCAAGCGUGGCGAUGAGCCCUGGAAAGUCAUUGGCAUGUUGCCCAUGUUCGACCCCCCUCGUGAAGAUACCGCCCACACCAUCUUGGAAGCCCAAAACCUCGGCCUCAGCGUCAAGAUGUUGACUGGUGACGCCAUUGCCAUCGCCAAGGAAACCUGCAAGCUUCUCGCUCUUGGUACCAAGGUGUACAAUUCUCAGCGUCUCAUUGCUGGCGGUGUUGCCGGUUCUACCCAGUACGAUCUUGUCGAGAAAGCGGAUGGUUUCGCCGAAGUCUUCCCUGAGCACAAGUACCAGGUCGUCGAGAUGCUGCAGCAACGUGGCCAUUUGACUGCCAUGACUGGUGAUGGUGUCAACGAUGCUCCGUCGCUGAAGAAGUCCGACUGCGGUAUCGCUGUCGAAGGUGCCACUGAAGCUGCCCAAGCCGCUGCCGAUAUCGUUUUCUUGGCCCCUGGUCUCAGCACCAUCGUCGAUGCCAUCAAGGUCGCCCGUCAGAUUUUCCAGAGAAUGAAGGCCUACGUCCAAUACCGUAUCGCUCUUUGCUUGCACUUGGAACUGUACUUGACCACCUCCAUGAUCAUCAUCAACGAGACCAUCCGAACCGACUUGGUCGUCUUCUUGGCCCUGUUCGCCGAUUUGGCUACCAUUGCUGUCGCCUACGACAAUGCUCACUACGAACAGCGACCUGUUGAGUGGCAGUUGCCUAAGAUCUGGGUUAUUUCGGUCUUCCUUGGCUUCCUUCUGGCUGUGUCUACCUGGAUUAUCCGAGGUUCUUUCUACCUACCCUCCGGUGGUCUCGUCCAGAACUUCGGCAAUGUCCAACUCAUGCUCUUCCUUCAAGUCUCACUGGUUGAGAACUGGCUCAUCUUCGUCACUCGCGGCGGACAGACCUGGCCAUCUUGGAAGCUGGUUGGAGCUAUCUUUGGUGUCGACGUUCUCUCCACCCUGUUCUGUGUCUUUGGCUGGCUCGCUGGUGGCAAGGACGAACUCUUCACCAUCCCCACCGACCACUUCACUCAGAACAGCUACAGCCGCGAUACUUCGAUCGUCACUGUGGUCGUCAUCUGGGGCUACUCGAUUGGUGUCACUAUUGUGGUUGCUAUCGUCUACUACGUUCUGACCAGCUUGAAAUGGAUUGACAACCUCGGCCGUGCUACCCGCAGCCACGCCGAUACCACCAUGGAGAACAUCAUUUCCCACCUUAGCCGUGUUGCUCUGGAGCACGAGACCGAUGUCCACGGCAAGUCGAAAUGGGUGUUGGGCAGCAAGGCCACUGGAGAGGAAGAAGAGGAAUAGAUGUAGAGUGUUGAAGUCCAGGGGAUAUGAAGAUAAUUCGCGUCUGGCACUGAAAAUGGGGCGGAGGAUGGUGUCGCACUGCACAGAAGAAAUCAUCUUCUCUGUUAAUUUCAUAAUCUGAGCUAAUGGGUUCGUGCAAGCUACAAAUGGGAUUGUGUUGUGUGGAUGAACCAAAAAACUCACUAUGGAAUAUCCAUCCCAACCGGAACAAAACAUGACAUAUGUAUGCCUUCCACAGCACACGCACUGAAGAAGAAAGAGAUCCAAAAAAACACUGGGAAAACCAAACCACAAAAAGCCAGACACCGACCGACUCGGCAAGGGGUCCGUUUGGAACUUGUCCUCGCAAUCUGUCUAUUUGUCUCAGAGCCAGCAUCUUCCCGUCCCAGCAAAGUCAGUCCUCUCUCGACUUCUGUGCUAUUUGUAGCUUUUGUCUCCAAAAAACCACGGCCUAUGGCUCAGGCAAACCUGAAAUUACUAGCUACCAAUUCUUUUCUUUUCUUCCCUUCGUUACCUUCGUGGUGGUGGUCGGUUCCCCCUCCCUCACUUUCCCUGAUGGUCGAUGAUAUCGACGGAGGUACAUUAUGCAGAAAUGGAUACAAUUGCAAAACA